AUGGCGCUCAAUUCCUGCCAGAGUGCAGCCGCAGCCGAGCCCGGCCAGCCGCCCCGACCACCCCCGCCCCCGCGCCGGCCACCCGGCGCUGCGCCGGCCAGCCGAGGGACCACCGGGCACUUCACCGCAGCCCACACACGCUCUCGGCCCCAAGGCGCUGGGGACGCCGGAGGCCACCGCGGUGAGGAGCCGGAGCGACCCGCAGCGCGGCGAGGCUGGGCCGGGACGUUGCGCUCCGCGGCGCCCGUUUCCACUCCCCGAGGCCGCCACUCCCGCUGCCCACCCAACGCGACGCCCCCUAGCCCGCUCGCCCCGCGUCCAGCCUCAGCGGCGCCUACCUUCGCGCAGCUCGGUCGCCGCUCCUUCCCGGCUCCACACUCGGGCCCGGCAACGUGCCUGGCGAGUCGGGUACGGGUGGUAACCACCCCCCGAACCGCUCGCUUUCUUCUCUCCCCUCCCUCGCACCUGCCCCCUAAUCUCCUCCCCACCCCCGCCCCCCGCCCCCCGCCCCGCCACGGGAUCCGCCGGGGCCGCCCCCAGUGCCUCAGCUCCCGCCCUCGGCCCUCGCCCGCCCGGCCCGUCAGGCCUCAGCGCUGGGCAGGCGGUUGGGCGGCGGCGGCUGCAGCGGCUGAGGCGGCGGCGGCGGCGGCUGAAGCGGCGCGGAGCACUAUUUACUCCCGCACCCGCGGCGCCGGGCUCCAGGUGGGUUCCUCUCUGCUCCUGCUGGGCGCGCUGCUGUCGGGAGGAGCCUCAGCGCCUCUAAGGGCCGGAGACGCCGACGACGGGGAGGUUCCUGGGCCGUGUUGA